AUGACGAAGUCUCCAAAGUUCGUUUUCUAUCUGACGUGUUUGCUCUUGGGGCAAAUGGAUGAGUUGUGUAUGAAUAACUUAAUUCUGUCCACAACUGUUCAUAAAGACAGUGGAUUUAUAUUAGUUAAUGUUGGUGACAACUUCACUCUGGAGUGUUUCUAUGUCAGUAAUACUAGAAUGUAUUACUGGUACAAGCAAACACUGGGACAGGAGCCACAACUCAUCCCAACGACCUACAAGUUUUCUAAAGGCACUUCUCAUGGUGAAUUUAAGGACAAUCCACGCUUCACAUUGGAAACUAAUGACAGUUUGACUCAGCUAAAAAUUUCAGAUGUACAACUUUCAGACUCAGCUACUAAUUACUGUUCAAGACGUCACUCAUUUACAUUAGAAUUCAUGGAGGGUGUCACUGUCAGUGUAAAGGGUUCAGGGUUGAACAUCCAGGCUCGGGUCCAUCAGUUGGCAUCUGAGACCGUCCAGCCAGGAGGCUCUGUGAUCCUCAGCUCCACAGUUCAAAAUGGGACCUGUAACGGGGAACACAACGUUUACUGGUUCAAGAACUCUGAAGAGCCUCACCCAGGACUCAUUUACAACCAUGGAUACAGGAAUGAUCAAUGUGAGAGGAAACCCAACACACAAACACACAGCUGCACCUACAACUUGUCCAUGAAGAGCCUGAACUUCUCUCAUGCUGGGACCUACUACUGUGCCGUCGCCUCAUGUGGACACGUCAUGAGAGACACAAUUUCUCCUGUUGCAGACAAGGUGGACUGUCACACAGUCUCUGUGUAUUUCAUGAGGAGAGCUUUGAUAUUCACCACCAUCCUGAGUGUCUUGCUGGCUUUCUUACUUUACAAGAGAAACUGCUGCAGAUGUUCAGCCUGA